UCUUCCAUUUCUUAUCUCCAUUCUAGAACGUUGAACGCGAACCUCCAUUAUCAAAUUCAAAGACCGUAAAAGGAGAGGCCUAUUCUCCUCUGAAAAGCCUCAUAUUACAAUCAUUAUCCUUUUAAAGUUUACACCUUGGGCAAAUUCUGGUAACCCCACAGCGUCCAAUGCUUCUCUUUGAUUCAAUAUCUCCCUUGACCCACUCAGGAAAACUCACUUCCCCAGUGCUUCUCUCUUCUCUCUCCCAACGUCCCCUCAGAUGUGCAGUUCUUGGUGCUGGUUUUGCUGGCCUCUCUGUUGCUUGGCAUUUGCUCAAGCAAAGUCCUCUGGAUAUGCAUCUGCACAUUGAUUUGUAUGAUGAAGUGGGCAUUGGAGGAGGUGCUUCAGGAGUCUCUGGAGGACUCCUUCAUCCCUAUUCUCCUAAAGUUAAGCUUCUAUGGAAAGGUGCCCAGUGUUGGAAAGAAUGUCUAAAGCUCUUAAGCAUUGCAGAACAAGCCGUUAGUUCGGAGGAAUUAGAUUCUGAAACUGGACAAUUUGGUCAUGAUUUUGGUGGUUUUGUAGUCCGGAGAAGGGGCAUUUUGAGACCAGCCACAAACAUGAAGACUUUGAAUGCGUUAAAUGAUAAUGCUCAGAGCUGCCUUGCCAGUUGCAAGAUAGAGAUCAUUGAUAAGGAUGCUGCCCAAAAGCUUGUGCCCCAUCUACAUGUGCCUUUCAACUUGGCUUUUUAUAUGCCUGAAGCUGUAAAUGUUAAUUCUCAGCGUUAUAUCGAGGCACUCUUCCUAGCAUGUCAAAAUUUAGUGAAAGAAUUAUCUGCUUCUGGCUUUGGAGGGAAAAAGCUUUGUUUGCUGAAGAAAUCUGUUUGUGAGCUCCGUGAAUUAGAAGGGGAAUAUGAUGCUGUGGUAAUAUGCCUAGGUGCCAAAGCAGACUUGCUUCCGGAGCUUGCUGGGAGGCUUCCUUUGAGGACAUGUAGAGGUGUUAUUUUGCACCUGCAACUGCCUGAUAAUAUGGGGGAAGAUUAUCCAGACCAUGGGCCCUCGAUACUCUCAGAUGCAUGGCUUGCUGUCCAGGGGAACCAUAGUUUGUAUGUAGGUUCAACAUGGGAAUGGAAGUCAAGAAAUUCCUCACCAAAUGUCUCAUCUGAUGAAGCUUCGAAUGCUCUUCAAGAGCUUCUACCAAAGGCAUCUGCUGUUUAUCCCGGGAUAAUGGGCUGGACUUUUGCUGGAGCAAGAGCGGGUUUGAGGGCAAUGCCGCCUCUCACUCCUCAUGGAUCACUUCCCCUUUUAGGUUGUGCCAACAAUCUUUUAAGUGAAAAUCUUAAAUGUAAAUAUUGGUUACUCGGAGGCCUUGGUUCAAGGGGUUUGUUUUAUCAUGGUUGGCUAGGUAAGUUGACGGCAGAGGCUGUGAUCUCUUGUAAUGAACAAAUAAUCCCUUCUGAACUAACCUCAUGGAAGAAUAAAAGAUAAUUGAACAUAAUUUUUUAUAAAAUUUUUGCAUGGACUGCCGUUUCAAACAUUAGUUGAUCAUCAAAAAUGAACCACCAUGGCAUUUGAAGAUCUGACAUAAUUUGAUCAAACUCAAAUGUCAAAAGGGAGCAGCAGAUGUAUUACCAACUUACUACUGAUGAUGUAA